CAUAAUGCCACUUAUCGGUCUACUACAUCUGCGCAUCAUUACCUCCAAUUUCGAAUGAUUUAAAGAAAAUUGCGGCUGCUUUAGAUUAACGUGACGGGAGGAUACCGUCAUAAAUAAUAUGAAUCGCUAUAUAACCCUUCAGCAAUUGGGUGAUGGCACUUACGGAACUGUGGUGUUGGCGCAACGCAAAGACACUGGCGAGAAGGUAGCUAUUAAACGUAUGAAGCGAAAAUAUUACUCCUGGGAAGAGGCGAUGAAUUUGCGUGAAGUCAAGUCCCUUAAAAAACUCUCCCAUCCAAAUAUUGUAAAAUUAAAGGAAGUCAUACGCGAAAAUGAUACGCUUUAUUUUGUGUUCGAAUACAUGAAAGAGAACUUGUAUCAAAUGAUAAAGGAUCGAGAUACGCAUUUGCCGGAGCCAACGCUUAAAAGCAUAUUGUUUCAGGUACUCACCGGGUUAGCAUUCAUGCAUCGCCAUGGAUUCUUUCAUCGCGAUUUGAAGCCAGAAAAUUUACUUUGCUCCGGACCAGAGCUAAUAAAAAUAGCAGAUUUUGGUUUGGCGCGCGAAAUACGAUCGCGACCACCAUUCACCGAUUAUGUCUCCACGAGAUGGUAUCGAGCGCCAGAGGUGCUGCUGCAUUCCACAAACUAUGCUAGUUCCAUAGAUCUAUGGGCAAUGGGCUGCAUUAUGGCGGAGCUGUACACAUUUCGACCACUAUUUCCGGGCAGCAGUGAGGUGGAUCAAUUAUUUAAAAUUUGUUCUGUUUUAGGAACUCCGGACAAGAGUGAAUGGCCCGAGGGCUACCGGCUCGCUGCCACCAUACACUUUCGUUAUCCGGAAUGCAUCAAAGUACCGCUCAACACAAUUGUGACACGCUGCAGUCAAGCGGGGCUAGAUUUGCUGGAGGACAUGCUGCACUACGAUCCGGAUAAGCGACCCACAGCGCAGCAAAGCCUCAAAUAUGCCUACUUUCAUGCGUUAAAACGUAUUUCACCCACAGCGGCUGCCAAGGCUAAUGUAAAACUUACGGCCAAAUACGCUGCAGCAGUUGCGGCUAAUGGCGUCAACAAUGCCAAUGCUGUUCGGAAUGUACGGCAGGUGCAAAAUUUGUCGAAUAAUGUGCUUCCGGUGCAAGAGAAACUCCAGGCUGUAACUGAAUUACUGCAACAGGGUAAUAUGCAACACAGCAACAACACUAGUACCGUAAAUGCCAAUAACGCAUUAAAUGCGACUGUUACCAGCAAUCGCGGAGCCAACAACAACAACAUCAAUUUGCAUGCCAAACGCAGCACAAAUCCAGUUUCACACAAUCCAAAUCAAGUGCAAAUGCCGAAGGUCAGUUUUUUGGCAUUAAAUGGUGUCGUCGGUGGCGGCGGCGGCAACGACGCCACACAUUCCACGGUGCCGCUGCAGUUAUCAGCUGUUGGUACAAACUCUCACAGAAACAACACCAUACUCACUAAUAACUCGAAUAAUGCACCAAAUCUACUACUGCGUGAGCCAAUGGAAGAUAAUCUCUCGAUAAAGAGUGGCACCCUUCGCUAUAAUGGCACACUCGCGCCAGCGAAUCUCGGCUAUCUGAACGGUGGUGAUUCUACGCUUUAUAAGCGUUCGCAAGAAAAUCUGACCUUCACAGAGUCCAUAAAUGACAUCUAUUUGAAUCGAAACACCGGUCAGCUGCAUCCGCCACAGCCGCCAAAUGUAUCCUUUAACACCACCAGCAACAACGUAGCAGGGAACAUCAAAGCCGGUGUUAUCUAUCUCGCCAAUGGUCACCGAAACUAUGCACUCUUUGAGACCGCUGCGAAGAAUGCUAAAAAUUCGGCCAAAAUCAAUGGCUAUUUAUUCCAGUCACGUCCGAGUAUAGUGAAUAUUGAUACACUGGGCACGGAUGGCAAAGUAUACAAUAUGUUCUCGAAGGUGGUGUCAAACAAACAAGCACCUACGAGCAAUCUGAUAAUGCGAAAUGCUUUUGAGCCUGCUUUGGAAAGAAAUGAAUACAACGAGCAAGCAAGCUUGAAACAACAAUAUGAACGAGUUGGAGGUGACACAAAACCUUUACCGCCGGCGCGGAACGGUGAUUUUAACAAGGAUGACGAACUCGAUCUUAUAUUAGGUUCCAAAAUAAAAACAUCAGCGAAACGUCAACGUAAUGCAAAAACAAAUAUUUUACUGGAAGAUCUAUUCGGUCAUCUUUCACUUGAUUCGGAUAGCGACACAGCGAAGUACCCGAAUACAGUUCCAUUCACAACACAUCAACAGCAAUCGCACUUGGAACGUAACUCCAGUUUGCCAAAUGGUUACUCGAACGAGAAUUCGUUGACAGAAAAGAGUAAGAAGAAGAUUCCGAGUAGCAUUGAAGUUAACAACGGUAGUUAUACCGGCUCACUCUCAACAAAUGCAGUUGAUCCUAAGUCUAUCGACGUGAAUAAAUCUAAAUUACAACCAUGGGACGGAACCAAUAAAACUGAAGAUGAAAAACUAACGGCGUGGAUGGUCGCUGAAAAUGGUUCGUUGCUUGAAAAAAAAAUUCUAAAUGGAUUUAACGAUAAAAACCAUACCGAAUGGAAUACAACGUACCUUAACUAUUAGGAAGACGACAACAACAACAAUUAAGCAAGAUGUUAAAGGAUGAGUGACUGGAGUUGAUGAGAUGUGUGAAGUAAACUUUCAUACAAAUGUUUGUGCUGUGAUAAACUUAAUUAAAAAAAGAUUCUAAACUUCUAAUAAGUAAGAUAAAAGGAGUGCUAAAAGGCUUUUAAGUACUUAGUAAUGGCGGUUUUGUUUCUACAAAAAAUGCUGCCUUUUCAUUGCUCUCUUCCUAGUAUUUGUACGUAGAGGGCAAAGAGAAGGUAACCGUUUUUGGUAGAAACGAAAACGCCAUAAGUCACACAAAGAGGGUGGUCCAAACAUAUGUAGGUGCCUUUGUGUAUAAUCAAUAAUAGUAUAAUUUUUACAUUCAGAACUCUUUCCUGAAAAAACUUUAAAUUGUCUGGUAGGCACUAGAAAUAUGUGCUUCGGACAGAAUAGGGUUAUCGCCCGGUUAGUGACUAGCGGCUGGCAUAUGAAUUGUUGAAUCUGGUCCUUAAAGUAUAUGAAACGGCUUUUAAUAUUCAUAGGAAAUGCUUCGCAUUAGAAAGAGUUUCUGCUGGAAGGCUUGUUAGUUCAGCGGAAGAAAAUCAUGCUUAGGGACACGAUAUC